AUGCCUCCGAACGCCAAUCAACGCCCGAGUGGACCCUAUUCACACCACUCGCACGCAUACGGCGGUCAAUAUGACGGAGCAAGCAGCAACAUAGACGGGCCACGCGAGGCUGUUAUGGGCAGCAACUCCCGACAUCAUUCACAGGGCGUUGUCGCAUCACACUUCCUGGCCCUGGACCGCGAAACAUGGAUGGACUUCCUGAGAGACGGUACCGAAUCCACUGCCAACCAGCAACCACCGACUGCACAUAGCAACCCCGCUGCCGCCACCGAACCUCGCUCGAACCCUUCCCCGUCACGAUACACCCUCCCAAACCGCCCCUCGCAACGCACCGACUCGUCCUCCUCCCGCAGCUCAGACCGCAAGCGACGUCUCACAACCGCCGACUCGCCCAUGAGGCGGCCGUCGAGCAUACGCAUGCACUCGGAAAGCGCGGGCGACUCAAGUGCGGAUCCCAUCUUGGUGGACUCGUCGCCUGCUUCCGUCCGCGCAUUACCUCCCACUCCGCCCGUCACAUCACAAGCGAACACAGGCACCAUGAGGAGACAAAGUGAUAUUGUGCUGCCGCCAUGGCAGCCGGACAACGAAGUCUCACAGUGUCCGGUGUGCAAGAAGCCCUUUACAUUCUUACUUAGGAGGCAUCAUUGCAGGAAAUGCGGGAGAGUCGUGUGCGCUUCAUGCUCGCCACAUCGCAUUACUAUUCCACGCCAGUUCAUCGUGCAUCCGCCGUCUGAAAGUAUAGCAAACUUCGUCGAUUUGACAGGAGAAGACGAGAGCGCCAUGUCAACUUUCGGCCCGUUCCGCAACCCAGCGCUAGGCGGAGGCGAGGAAGUCCGCGUAUGCAAUCCUUGUGUACCUGAUCCAAACUUCAGCCCACCUCCACGAUACGAUUCACUCGGUCAUGGCUCUCGGCCCAUCCCACCCCGAUCUUCACAGGUCCCACCUCCACCACCCCCACAUCCUCGCGCACACAGAUCGUCGUCAAGCGUACACGAUGCUUCACGCGGUGCAGGCCAGAGCCAUGCAUAUGGCAUACGCGACCCCACAAAUGAGAGCAAUCAAAGUAGGAGAGUGAGCUAUCAUGCGGGCUCGCACAUGGGAGAGCGGCGGCUGCCACCUCUCCCGCCAUCUGCUAUCGAGCAGCAACACCCACAUCACCGCGCACCUCUCAUUUCCCAGACCGUAGCUAACAACCGGGCCCGCAACGCCCAAAAUCGUGUAAACUUCGGGUACGGAUCCUUUUCGGGGACCAGUCCUUUCAGCCAAGCCAUGUCAACCCCUGUACCGCCUCCACUUCAACCUCAGAAUGCCCAGCCAACCCGGCCUCGCCGCCAAAUCCCCGAAGAAGACGAAUGUCCCAUUUGUGGCGAAGAGCUUCCUCCCAAGGGCCCUGACAACGACGAUUCAGACCGCACCCAGCACAUUGAAGAAUGCAUCGCCCUACACUCCGCUUCUCCAGGCCCAACAGCCGCAUUAACGCCGCAAACAUCUGCCAGCCUGCCCACUCAACGCACCCGCGGUAUGAGCAGUGCAGGUAAUGGUGAAGGCGCCAGUAACGCAAAUCGAAUGAGCCAUGCUGCGCGUGGAAUGUUUCCGUACGUCGCGACUGAGAAGGAUUGUGUUGAUGAAGAGGGCAGACAGGCCGAGUGCACGAUUUGUCUGGAAGACUUUGAAUCUGGGGACAAGAUGGCUAGGUUGGUUUGCUGGUGCAAGUUCCAUGAGACUUGUAUCAAGGAGUGGUGGGACAAGAAAGGCCGGGGUGCUUGCCCCACGCACCAGUUGCAGGAGUAG